AUGUCAGGUUACUAUAAAGGCGAUACGUUUCCUGACAUACCGUCUGCCUAUAAGGAUAGUUUCCCUGAUCAAAUUCUAUCAAGUUCGUAUGCACCCUAUAGCAAUAAUGAGACAGAAACAGCUGUGAGACACAUUCAAAAUGAGCUCUAUCAUGUUUCGAACGAAAAAUUGUAUAUUUCUCGUAGUCCAUGUAGUACGAGUGGCUAUAGUGAAGGUGCAUUUUCGUCGUCAUCUUCUCGUUAUUGCUCCGUUGGUGAAAGUCCAUUUCAUACAUUUGAUAACUCAACUAAGAACGUUACACAAUAUCGUGAUAACAUUUACUUGGAAACUUAUUAUACUCAUAAUGCUCCGAGUCAAAGAGGUAUGGCGGAGCAGAGUUAUAUGAGAAGUACUAACGAUGCGAGUAGCUGUUAUACUCUAGAUUCUAAAAAUAUUUGGAUAGAUUCUCCAGCGAGUGAAAGCGAUGAUUCUGAGAGGAAUGAGUUCGCUCCCAUCCCUCCAGCUUAUCGAGAUAUGUCUAAUAGACUCUCAAUGGAUUUGUUCGAAGAUAAUGAACAUCAGGGAAAUCUAAAUGUUUACGAAGAAUGCUGCAGCACCUCAUCUUCUGUGUCUGGAGUUGCGUAUAAGAAAGCAAGAAUUGAUUUCCAACAGAAGAAUUUUGAAGGCGUAUUAGAAAUCCCAUCCGAUCUUUCUCCCAUUCAUGCAUCAUCAGUUUCUGAAAGUGAUGAAAAGUAUAUUUUAUCACAAGCAACAACUUCUUUUGAAGAAGCUAACAUUAUUUUUGAUUAUAAUGAUGACGUAGUAUGUGCAGCUGAAUUCGCAGAAGAUGUCUAUGACGUUCUGUAUUUGAGCGAGAAAGAGUCACGGUUAAGCCAGGAUUUUCUAUCAGCACAGAGGGAAGUAUCUGAAGAGUAUCGGACGAACUUGAUCCUAUCAUACAUAAAUGCGAGCGAAAAACUAAGCAUGACUAAGGAAACCUUACACCUUGCUUGUUUCUUACUCGAUAAAUGUCUGGAUGUACUCUGUCUCCAAAGACACGUAGCUCGGGAUAUAGCAGCAGUGGUAUUAGUAUUAGCCAGUAAGGUGGAAGAGUAUAAUCCAUAUAAAUUUUCAUCGGUGAUCAAAGCUGGAUUAACUUCAGCAACUGCAAAAAUGUUGGAGAAAUGUGAAAAACGGAUUUUAUUUGAGUUGAGAUUCAGACUCAAUUAUCCCAACCCUUACAUCUUCGCCAACUAUUUCCAUUCCAUCCUCCGAUCUACACAAGACGAAGUAUUACUUACAAAUUACAUUCUCGAGUUAUGCUUGCUUCGUUCUUGUUAUCGAGAAUGGGGUGGACCACAUACAGCUCAUGCUGCCAUCAUCCUUUCACAUGUUCUCUCUGAGAAGGAUGGAAAUCCCUUAAAUUUCGUUCUUUAUCACUGUGAGAAAGUUCUAGAACCUCGGAGUUAUAUACCGCCAAAACUUACUCGUCCUUUAAUGGCAGAUAUGCUGACUGAAAUCAAUCUGGCACAACAAAACGGAAUUAAUAAUAUGAUUUGGAAAUCAUAUAGUCUAAAAAACGUUGUACCUGUUUAUGUGCCCAGAUCCCUUUUGAAGUUUUUGGAAGGGUAA